UUUUCUUCUCGUAUUUAAAUAACAUUCAAUUUGAGUCAUUCUCAUAUUCUGGUUUCUCUUUCAGAUAAAGUCAGAUAGUUGAAUGUGUAUAUUCAAUAACUGGAUAAAUGAUGUUUUCAUAUGAAAUAAAAACGUUCACAAUACGAUCUCAUCAUUCUAUUCAAAUGAAAAGGUUAAUAUUGAAUUGUUUGCUAAUUUUGUCAGUCCUCAUGCUGUAUUGUCUACUAUAUUCGUUCAUUGGAGUCAGCAAUGAUUUAAAUCAGUUUCAGGCAGAAAAAUACAGUGAAGUUAAAAGAAUUUGUGAAUAUUUGCUCACAACCAAAGGUGUGAAUCCCAAUAAUGGAGUUUUUGAAAGUAUUCAGUCAAAUCCGGACCAAAGCUCUGUAUUUAUCAAAUCCUCAAAAAUGUGAAGAGUUUAAAUUGUUCCAUGGUCAUGUCAUUCAAUCCUCAAUUGAAGAAAAACUAUUUCCUUUAGCAUUCAGUUUAUCUGUUCAUCAAAACAUUAAACAAGUAUCACGUCUACUUCGACUGAUAUACAGACCACAUAAUUUGUAUUGUAUUCAUGUAGAUUCUAAAUCCCCAAUUGAAUUUUAUGAUCAAGUGUUAGAGUUGGCCCGAUGUUUUGGUUUAAAUGUUAUGGUGUUGAACCGGACAGAAAGUAUAAAUAUUCAGUGGGGAUAUUAUUCCUUACUUGAAGCGUUUCUUGUAUGUGCGGACAAAUUAAUGAAAAACACAGACUAUAUGUGGAAAUAUCUAUUGAAUUUGAGUGGACAAGAAUUACCUUUGAGGACAAACUGGGAGUUGGUUGCAGCAUUGAAAGCAAUAAACGGAUCAAAUGUCGUUGAAGGCUUAGGUCCAAAUUUCUACCCUUGGCGUUGGCCUAAAAAGAAUUUCUCAUUUCCUGUAAGUUUCAUAGUUAAUAUGAUCUUGAUAAUGAUUUUCUCUAUUGGGAAUUCAUAUAAUAAUAAAGUAAAUACAGUUAUGAACCAUGCGUUGCAUGUCUAG